GAAUAUAUGCCCAAUGGAUGCCUUGAGAAAUGGCUUCAUUCAAACCAUCAUUUCUUAAACAUGAAGCAACGAUUGGAUGUUAUGAUAGAUGUGGCUUGUGGUUUGGAAUAUCUCCAUUAUGGUUAUUCAACUCCUAUAGUUCACCGUGAUUUGAAGCCUAGCAAUAUUCUACUGGAUCAAGACAUGGUUGGGCAUGUUUGUGAUUUUGGAAUUGCAAAGUUGUUGGGAGAUGGAGAAUCUAUGGUACAAACAAAGACUCUUGCUACAUUUGGAUAUAUUGCCCCAGAAUAUGGAUUGGAAGGAUUGGUUUCAACAAGUAGUGAUGCUUACAGCUUUGGGAUUACAUUGAUGGAAACAUUUACAAAAAGAAAGCCGAAGGAUAAGAUGUUUACGGAGGAGUUAAGCCUCAGGCGUUGGGUACAAGAUUGCUUACCGGAUUCCAUCAUUCAGGUUAUAGAUGUAGAUUUACUUCAUCAUGAAGGUGGACUGGUACAAAGGAAGAUUGAAUGCAUAUCAUCUAUCUUGCAAGUUGGUUUAAGUUGUACAACAUAUGUUCCUGAGGAGAGAAUAAACAUGAAAGAGAUUCUAAGAGCGCUCCAGAAGAUCAAACUUCAGUUUAUCAAAGAUAUCGUACCUUGAAGCAGAGUUCUGAGGCGCAAAUGUAUUUGGGGAAUUCUUAGUCUUGACUUUGUGCACCACCGAAAUGCUUAUGGUUCAAAACAGGAAUGAGAUAUGUUGUAUUUACCAAUAAGUUUGUUUACAGAUAUGGAGACC